AUGUCCAGAUCUGAUCGACUUUGGUGGUACCGCAUUGCAUGGUCUCUGAGGAUACGUCUAUAUGUGUGCGUAUUCACAAAGGUGGAAAUGUUGAUGGCGACGAUGACGAAGACGAUGAGGAUUGUGAAGCCGAUGAUGAAGACGGUGGAGACGAGGAUGUCUACGAAGAAUAAGAAAGGCAAAGAUGAUGUCUACGAGGACGAUGGUGACUACGGAAAUGAAGACGACGACUGCGAAGACGGAGACGAAGACGACGAUGACGACUACGAAGACGAUGAUGACUACGAAGACAACGAUGGCGACUACGAAGACGAUGAUGACUACGAAGACAACGAUGGCGACUACGAAGACAACGAUUACGAAGACGACGGUGACAACUACGAAGACGACGGUGACAACUACGCAGACGACGAUGACGAAGACGACGGUGACGACUACGAAGACGAUGACGAUUGCGAAGACGACGAUGACGACUACGGAGACGACGAUGACUACGAAGACGACGGUGGCGACUACGGAGACGAUGAUGACUACGAAGACGACGAUGACGACUACGAAGAUGGAGACGACAAAAUGAAAACGAAAACAACUGAAAACACGAAAAUAAAGACGAUGACUGUGACACCUACGACGGCGAACAUGACCUCUACGGAGACAGAGACAAAGACGAAGGCGAAGACGCUGGCGACGACGACAAAGACCAAGAUGACAACAACGACGGUUCACCCUUUCCUGAAGACGAGGAACGACCGCGGGGCAUUAUCGCGAGAACUCCGAGACAGACAGAUAAUCCUGGGCCUAAACACAAGGAUACAAGGAGACAAUUAG